UCCUCUCAAACAAUCCUUACCUUCCUCCUCGUCGGAGCACUGAUACGUGCCCAUGGCUGAGACCUCGGACAUCCACGAGGAGAUCGCCAAGUGUGAGGCCAUGGCCGAGGAUGGCCGCUGCGAGGAUGCGGAGACGACUGAGAAGAAGAAGAAGAAGAAGAAGAUUGUAGCAGAUGAUCACAAGGAGCAGACGCCGGUCGAGGCGCCGCCGGAGAAGAUGGAGCUGGUGGGGUGGUACGUUUUCGGUUUCUGCUCUUACUUUGUGCACGAGUUCCUCGUUCCGGUGCUCUUCCCUCUCAUGAUCACCCAAAGAGCCUGGCCUGCCUUCGACCUGCCUCCUGUUCCGGCCCACACUCCGAGUGGUGUUGCGUGCUCGCAGAAGGAGAUGACUCUAUAUCAAAGACUGGUCGACCGUUCGAUCGCAGUGGACGGGUCCAGGUUCUCCCCUCUAAGUUGGACCACGGUCUCAUGGGCGGUCGGCGUCGUCGUGGCCAUCCCCAUCCUCAUGCUCAUAGCGCAUCACCUCGACCAUGGCAAUCACCAGCCGCCGAUCCUUCUCGGUGCCAUCGUAGCCGGCGGCUUCUCCUGCCUCCUCACUGGCUUCUUCAAUACAAACUGGCUCUUCCCCCUCUACAUCGCCGCCAUAGCCGUCGCCAGCAUCAUUGGCACCGCCGCGCAGGCCCGUCACCUGGGCCUCAUGGUGCGUGACCUCACCGGUGGCACCACGGGAAAGCGCCACUUCCGUCGCCGUCAGGCCGUCGGUAGCUGGCUUUCCUUGCAUGGCACCGCUGCAGGCUCACUCGGCGCCGCCAUCAUGGCCGCCUUCACCUACCACAUGCUUCGGCGCUCAGACCAGCUCACGAGCUUGUGGGUGGUCUCCAUCUUCAGCGGCCUCCAAUGGCUCACCGGCAUUGUCUACGCCGCCUUCUCAACCAGGUCCGGGAGUUCGACACCAACCACACCGACGUCUCUAGCAAGAUGUGCGCAUUUGCUCACAAUCUUCAAGAAUCCACACGCCAUCGGAGGCCUCGCCGGAGUGUUCUUAUCAUCGUUCGCAUGCAUGUGCGUCUUCGCGAGCUGCAUGCUAUACGUCAUCGGCGACCUUUGCAUCGGACCGCCCCUCCUCCUGUCUCUGUGGGCGAUCUACUUCACAUUCCCGGUCGUGUCCCUCCCCGUGCUGCACCCUGUGCAGCUCGUCGCUCGCGCCGACGCCGUCAGCAUGCAACUGCUGGGAUUCUUCAUGUCGGCGUUCACAUCGGGGCUGGGCUUCUCCUUCAGGGAGGAGAGAUGGAAGCGGACCCACAUAAUUCUCGUGUGUCUCCUGCAGAGCACGGCCAACGGGGUCCUGUACGCGUUCGGCAGGGCGUUGCUGAUGGACUGCUCCCCGGCGGGCAAAGAAGGGGCCAUCGCCGUGUGGUUCGCGUGGGCGAGGGCGGCCGGCGCGUGCGCGGGGUUCGCGGUCGGAACGACGUCUCCCGGAAGCAUCACGGCGGCGUUCGCGGCAGCGUUGUUGGCCAGCUUGGUGGGAGUCUUCGUGCUCAUCUUUGGAAACGUCAGCCAUGUGGGGGCGAUAGUGGCUGCCGGCCACGUCAAGGAGGCGGAGAACGGAGAUAUGGAGGGGAAUAGAGAUUGAGAAGUCGGAUUCGGAUAACGAUGGCUGCUCCUCCUCGUUGCGGUUGCUUACAGGAAUUUGUCGGUAUUUGCUACUAAUUC